AUGGAUACAAGAGCAGGAAAGCUGCUACUGCCCAUUCACGAGCAUCCUAUUUUUCCUUCGGCUCGGAUUGUUUUGGGGACAUGUAAAGGCUGCGGUGUAGAAGGAUUCCUCUAUGGCGGGUACACCUGCAAUGAUUCUGAUUGUAAAGUUUGGUUCCAUAAGGAGUGUGCAGAGGCCCCAUCGGAGAUCAACCACCCUUACCACCAACAACAUCCUUUGUUGCUCACUAGUGACAUGGGAGGUCGUCCAUGUGAUUUGUGCGGACAAAAGCCAUUGGAAACUGCUGGUUAUAGUUGUUCCACAUGUGACUUCAACGUGGAUUUGACUUGUGGGAUCAAACCAGCACCCCCUGUUAUCGAGCAUCCGCUGUGUCAUGACCACCCACUUGUCUUCUUAAAGAAACGAGAGAAGGAGGCCCUUUGUGAGGUAUGCAAGGAGGAUACUAUUGGUAGACCUUCCUACUCAUGUCUUGGAUGCGAUCUGUACUUCCACGUGGACUGUGUCCAACUCUCGAAGGAGGUAAAUCAUCCUUGCCACUCUAACCAUCUUCUCAAGCUCCUCCCAUCUGAAUCACUAACCGUUGAAGCUGAGAAAACUUGUCUUUUAUGUGAACGACAACAAGAAAAUAUGCUUUAUCAUUGUUCUAUUUGCAAUUUCACCGCUUGUCUUGGUUGUACCAAAAACCCACCCCCUCUUUCUAUCGACCAUACCAAGACCCACAAGCAUGAGCUUACUCUCUUUCCAAAUGCUAUGUCAUAUUAUUGUCAACUUAGUGGAACGGUCAGGGACAGCAGAGCCUAUAUGUGUCUUCCUUGUGGUUUUUUUGUCAAUGGGUAUUUUAUCAGCUUACCCCGAGUCAUAAACAUCAACCGUCAUGAUCAUCGCAUCUCUUUUACUCAUGAGCUUGGCCCUGGCUAUUUGAAUUGUGGAGUUUGCCGCAAAAGUGUGAGAAAGGAUGCUGGGGCUUAUGCCUGUGUAGUUUGCUGUAACUAUGCAGUUCAUUCACAAUGUGCAGUGGAGCAAGAUGUUUGGGACGGUGUGGAAUUAGAAGGAACACCUGAGAUAAUCGAAGAUGUUUCACCAUUCAGGGUGAUGGGUGAUAACUUGAUUAGGCAUUUUAGUCAUGAGAAACAUAAUUUAAGGCUCCACAAAGAGUGUAGUAUCAUUCAUGAUGAGUACACACGAUGUGAGGCAUGCACAUAUCCGAUAGGAUUUGAUCCGAUCUACAGCUGUGAGGGAUGUCCUUUUAUCCUCCAUGAAAAGUGCGCUAAUCUUCCCACGAAAAGGAGGCUCGUGUUUGAUACCACACCGUUCACAUUAGUGGGAGCAAGUAGUCUUGUCCGUGAUUUGCUAGAUUGUUCCUUGUGUGGCGAAUGUUCUACUGGUUUCAAGUACGUGUCUCGAAGGAAUGGGAAUAUAGAUGUACAUUGUGGUUCUCUUUCUGAGCCGUUCAUUCAUGAUGGCCAUUUACAUCCCCUAUAUUUUGAUGGAAAGGAGAAUAGCUAUUGCAAUGCAUGUCAUAAGGUAUUAUAUUAUAUGCUCUGUUGCAUUGCUGGUGAUCGCUUUGAUUUGUGUUUUAGUUGUGCUAGUUUGCCAACAAAGAUAAGGCAUAGAAACGAUGAGCACCCUCUCACUCUAUGUUGUGGUGAAAAGGCGAAUGGAAAUUAUUGGUGUGAUAUUUGCGAGACAAAAUUAGAUCCACGUAAAUGGUUCUAUACAUGCUUUGAUUGUGGAGUCACAUUGCAUGUGGAAUGCGUACUAGGAGAUUUCUCUCGUCUCAUGCCAGGACGCAUCAUUGAUUCUGGUUGGGAAAAGAAUUUUGAUGUGGUUGUUAACAAUCACAACACUCGGCCACUAUGCAUCAUGUGUCGCUCUCGAUGCAAGGUCUCCGUCAUCCUGAAGGUUUGUGAUGAAGACGAUGGAUACAUCUGUUCUCGCUCAUGUUUAUCUGAUAUGUUUCUAGCUCGUUCAUGGUGCUUGAGUGUUUUCUUUUAA